CAUUCAAAAUUCAAUCAAAAAAAUUUAUUCUUAUUCAUAUCAUUACAUUUUUGUUCAUUUCUCUGGAGAUUUUUCAAACGAUUUGAGAGGAACGAAGUGGAGGAGCCAUGGUGAUGGAACCACGGAAUAAUCAUGGAUUGCAUCGGAAGCGAUUUGGAGCUUAUUUGCAGUCCGACCCCGCGAUUUUUGCCGGCGAUGACAACGAUUUCUCUCCUCGCCACAGCAAUGCCUCUGCUGCCACUAGUCCGGUGUAUAACUACGACAAAUCGCCCGCCAGUGGUGAUGCUUCGCCGUAUUUGAUGUCGCCCUGGAAUCAGUCUACUUCACCGUAUUCGAAAUCUCCCUGGACCCUUCGCUCGGGGAUGAAUUUGUACGACGAUGAAUUUUAUGCUCAGAGUGGUCUCAUCGGCUCUCUGGUGCGCGAGGAAGGUCAUGUGUAUUCGUUGGCGGUAGCAGGGGAUUUGUUAUACACUGGAUCGGAUAGCAAGAACAUUCGUGUGUGGAAGAAUUUGAAGGAGUAUACUGGAUUUAAAUCAAACAGUGGAUUGGUGAAGUCGAUAAUUUUGUGUGGAGAUAGAAUUUUCACGGGACAUCAAGAUGGAAAGAUUCGUAUCUGGAAAGUUUCGUCCAAGAAUCCGAAAUCUCAUAGCCGAAUCGGAAGUUUACCGACGUUGAAGGAAUUCGUCAAAAGCUCGAUGAACCCAAAAAAUUACGUCAAAGUCCGGCGCAAUCGCAACGUCCUCCGUAUAAAGCAUUUCGACGCCAUUUCCUCGAUGAGCCUAAACGAGGAGUUAGGGCUUUUAUACUCCGGAUCUUGGGACAAAACAAUGAAAGUCUGGCGAAUCGCAGAUUCAAAAUGCCUCGAAUCAAUCACCGCUCACGAUGACGCCGUGAACGCCGUUGCAUCGGGAUUAGAAAGCCUCGUGUUCACCGGAUCCGCUGACGGGACGGUGAAGGUGUGGAGGAGAGAGCUACAGGGGAAAGGUACGAAGCAUUUUCUGGUUCAGGUGUUGCUGAAGCAAGAAACUGCGAUAACGGCGUUGGUUGUGAACAAAUCAUCGGCAGUUUUGUACUGCGGCUCAUCAGAGGGAGUGGUGAAUUAUUGGGAGAGCGAGAAGCAUUUAUCACACGGCGGCGUCCUCCGGGGCCAUAAACUAGCUGUGCUGUGUUUAGCGACGGCCGGAAACUUGGUGUUCAGUGGAUCGGCAGACAAAAACAUCUGCGUGUGGAGGAGGGAGGAGAACACAGGAUCUCACACGUGUCUUUCGGUGUUAACAGGCCACUCAGGACCGGUCAAAUGCUUAGCCGUUAAGGAAGACGAAGAAGAAUCGGCAUCGUCACCGGAAGAAGAAAGCGAAGUGAAAAAGGUGUACGGAAGCUACAAGAAGCGGCGGUGGAUUGUGUACAGUGGUAGCCUAGAUCGGUCGGUGAAGGUGUGGCGCGUGGCGGAGAACGCGCCGGAGCUGUUGAAAAUUCGGGAGGCGGAUAAGGCAUACUUGAACAAGAAGUAGUAAAUGCAGAAAAAGGUGAAGAAGUAAUAGGCGUUUGAUUUUGCAUGGCGUUUGGGAUUUCCUACGGAAGGCUGUACGCAACUGAAUACAACAAAGCCAACGAAACCACGCCACGUGCGAAAGCACGAAAUGGGGUGGGGAAUUGAAAGGAAAACGAAAAUAAUGUGGUUGGAUUGCAAAUAGACAGUUUCUUUGGGGGGGCGGGGGUGGCGGUUUGUGAAUACCGAAAUUUUCAGGUAUGAAAAUGAAAGUCCUCUUGUUUUUUUCUUUUGGGUAAAGUGUUUUUGUGGUUUGAAGAAGUUUGUAAUUUGGAAAAUUUCAAGCCGACAUGAACAUUUAUUUUCUUUGAGUCGUGUCGUUUUGAUGUUUUGGGAAUGAGAAGAGGGGAGGUUGAAGGGAGGUGAAGGGAGGUGAAGGGUUUGCUUCCUUGCACCUUUCCAUUCAAGAUUCUAUGUUUGCUCUAUCUUCCUUUCCUUUUUCUUUUUGUACAUAUAAAUUUUACGCUACAUAUAUCAUUUCAAUACAUAAUAUAUUUUGUACCUUAUCCUCAAAGUAAUAAUAUAAAGCUCUAAUAUUCUCUACCA